UGAAAAUCGAAAAUAGUUGACCUGUAACGUUCACUGCAAAAUUAUAGUUCAUUUAAAAACGUGAAAAUAAAAUUACCUUCAAGAAAAAAAAGAAAUAACAUAUGGUCCUUUAUAAACAAUUCAAUAUUGUAUUCAUUUGUGAAACAGAUUGACGACAAUACUGACAUACAAAAAAAAGGUAUAAUUUUAACCGAAAAUGAAUAAUUCGACUAUAAUUGACAAUCCUUUAACAAAUUUUCAAUUUCUCUCUGUAUGUCACUAUAUUACUGGUUUUUCAUAUUUCCUUUACAACAAACAUUUAAUAAAAUUAAAUGAACAAACACAAACAAUCACUGUUAUCAAUGUACUCUUCAAUUAUAUAAGUAAUUCGAAAAAUGAAUCUAAUGCAAAACUGGAAAUUCUUAAAAAAAUAUUAAAAGGAACCGAUUUAUAUGGUGGUGGUGAAAAUGAAACACUUGAUAUAAAAUAUAUUUAUGAAACGUAUCAUUACAUCAUUAAUACAGCUUUAUUUUUCGAGUAUGGAAACAUUAAUCGAUAUUUGGCUGGAAUAAUCAAUAAAUUAGAUAAAAUAAAUUAUUUUGAUCUUAAGAAAAAGGUAUUUGAAGAAUUUUCCCAAAAUUACAACACUAGGGAUUAUUGUUCAUUGGGAAAUGAAAAUUUUAAUCUCACACUUUUAGCGAAGAGGAAAAUUUUUGAUGAUUUCAUUUGGUCAAUUUUUCCCCUACCCAGUGAGAAUAUGUCAAUAAUAGAUGUUCGUUAUAUAUACGCAAUGGUUGGUUUAAAAUUUAUUAGUACAACUUUGGCAAAUAGAGAAAAUUUAACAUUCGAUGAUUACACUCUAAUUGGACGUGAAAUUAAUACACAAUCUAUUGACAACAAUACUUAUUCAUUGAUUUUGGAAUUAUUCUCAGCACCAGCUUUAUUUUUCUACGCCUUUAUUAACAAGGAGGAAUUUCGCAGAAAUAGUCAAUCAUAUCUGAAAAAUAGAUUUUGGAUCGAUAUUUAUGAAAAAUUAAUUAACUAUAUGAAUAAUGCUAUGAAUAACAUACUUAGUGGUAUUAUUCGAAGCACUAUUUAUUAUAAAUUAGAAAACGAAAUGCAAAAUCUAAAAACUCGAACAUCCAUUGCAUAUGACAUAUUGAAAGUGUUUUGCAAUUAUGAUAAUUUUGCACAAGUUUCUUCUCUUUAUGUUGAUACGUAUAAGACUCUGUUUCUGUGGAUUGUAAAUUACAUUCGUCCCGAACGUUGCGAUAAACUUCCCGAUUUAGAACAUGUGUAUGAUAAACAAUUUACUAAUGUCGAAAAAACAUAUUUUAAACUUGAACGAAUUGCAAUUGAAAAAGUUUUAACCGAUGGUAAUUUAACAGAAAAAUUAAAUGAAAAUGUUACCGUCUGGUUUGCACGAGUUCCUGAUUAUCCAAUGUAUCAUCCGUUAAUUCCUCCUAGUACACGAAAAAUAAACAACGAUAUAUAUUUACUUUUUGCAAUAGUAGAAAACAAAAAAGAGGAAUUCUAUGCUUUUAAGCAAAUGGAAAAUGGCUUGAGUUUACUUAGAUGUAGUGGAAAUGAACAAGAAUUCGCUAAGGCAGUUGCUAAUAAUUCUUAUUUAAAAAUGGAAAAAUCAUUAUUUUCCAUAACUCUUAAACACCUUCGUGAAAAUUAUAAAUUUUUUAUUGAAAGAGUUGCCAAUAUUAAAACAAAACAGUUUGUUAAAAGUUUAAAAUCCUAUUUUUUUGAAAAAACUGUUGGUGAGAAAAUUUUAAAUUUCAUAAAAUCACUUAUUCCAUUUUACAAUUGUAUUGAUUAUAUAAGAGAUGAUAAUAAAGCUUUAGCUACAUUUAGUUGUUCUCUUGAUAUGAUAACACUUAUUCCAAUUGUUGGUUUUACGGCAAAAUAUGCGACAAUAUUUCAAACAAUUUUAAUGAGGGAAAUUAUUCAAAAUUCUCUAAUUAAAAGUAUUAUAUCAAAUGUUAAAAAUCUUGUAUUUAUUUCAACUAAAUCUUUAUUAAAGGAAAUUUUUAAAAUCACAAAAAAAAUAUCCGAUGAAAUUUUAACAAAGGCAAUGUUUAUAGAUUUAGGUUUAGCAUCACUACGUACCGUUGAUCCAGGAUUUGAGGCUAUCUACACAUUUUGUACAUUCAGUAUUACAGAAGUUUGGAAAUUAUUUCAAUAUUUAAUUAAAAAUAUAAAAAUAACUCCAUUAACGAGAAAUUUAAUUUCCAUAAUGAAAUCAAUUUUAAAAAAGAAUAUUAAUAUACAUCCUGAUCAUACGGGACUUGUACCUAAAAUUCUAGCUAAGGGAGAUAAUUUCCAUAUGGUUAAAUAUUAUUAUCCAGGUGGUUCUAAUUUUUUUGGACCUACUUGUUUAACAUCAUUUGGCAAAACUGCGGAAUUACGAAGUAUUGAAGGCUAUCCAUUUCAAUUACCAGUUGUGCCUAUUAAAUCCAAUGAUAAAAUUUUCUACAAAGAAUAUAGUCCAAAUACGGGAAAAAUGCUCAAUAAUGAAUUUGAAUUAAAUAACAAUAUUCUUCGAAAUAUUAAAUAUUUAUUGGAACUAAUUGUACCUCAAAAUAAAAAAAUAGUAAAAAAUUAUGAAAUUUAUUACAAUACAAUUGAAUGGAAUUCACCGUCUAAUAAUAAAGAUUUUGGUGAUUAUGUUUUACUUCGACAAGAAAAUUCCAGAAAUCCAGGAACUUCAAUUGGCACAAAUAAUGUAGCACAAAUUGAUAAUUUUCCAAGUGCUGGUGAUUAUGUUUUACUUCGACAAGAAAAUUCUAGAAAUCCAGGAACUUCAAUUGAUACAAAUAAUGUAGCACAAAUUGAUAAUUUUCCAAGUGCUGGUGAUUAUGUUUCACUUCGACAAGAAAAUUCCAGAAAUCCAGGAAUUUCAAAUAGUAUUGUAAAUACAAACAAUGUAGCACAAAUUGAUAAUAUUCCUAGUACAUCAAGAGGAUAUACAAGACAAAAUAAUUUCGCUUAUGUUAAAAUAAAUGAAAUAUUAAAAACUCCCUAUAAUCCAAAUGGUUAUCUUCAUGAAUUCGGAAAUAGUGAUUAUGAUAAAUUUAUUUCCCAACUGAAUAAAUUCAAAACAGGAUUAUCAUCUUUAAGAAAAAAUGGUGAAUUAAGAAAUUUUAAACUUGCAAUUGAUAGAGUAAAUUCUAUGCAAAUGACUGAUGCAAUGGAAAAACCAAUAGAAUUAUAUUAUACUGAAGUUAAAAAACAACAUAUAAUUAGAUAUUUAAAAAAUUUACAAGGAAAAGAAUUUUUUUUUAACGAUUUAACAUUAUUAACGUCCAAUAAUCCAAUAAUUGUUAAAAAAACUGAAGAACUCUUUCCAAUACAUAAAACAGUUAAAUAUCAUUUAAAUUUUGAUAAUCAAUAUGGAAUCAUUAAUUUGGGUAAAAUUCAUGAAAUGUUUCAAAAUAAUUAUAUUGUAUUUUCAGAAGUGAAAUUUAAAGUAAAAUAUAUAAUUGAGGAUAAAUCAACGAAUUCAUUAAUUUUGAAAAUGGAUAAAAUUCCAUUAACAAGAGACAAAUGGAUUGAAAUUAGAAAUAAUGAUUUGAAAUUAACAGCAUUUAGUAGAAAUUUAAAAAAAACGGAAAGAUUACAAAAUAUUGAAGCAGCUGCAGAAUUUUUAUCAUCAAAUGUUCCACUAUAUACAUACACUGAAUCAAAAAAUUUAUUGAGGCAAUAUAUUUUAAAAAUUAAAACAAGCAAUACCGAUGUACCUACUUAUGAAAAAAUGGCAUAUGAUAUUUAUAAUAAUUUAAAAAUUCCAAAUUUUUAUAAUAAUUUUAAAAUCAAAAAUCAAAAAUUUAUCGAUGAUGUUCUAUUUGAUGUGAAAUUACAACAAACAGAUGAUUUAUAUUCUGCAAGUGAAAAAAUUCAUAAAAUAUUAAGUCCAAUUGGUUUAAAGGUGCAUACUGUUUUUGAUAUUUAUCAAAAAUCAUCAAUAAUUCCUGAGAGUUUAAUAUUUGAAGAUUUUUAUAUUAUUCAUUCACGUUUAUUAAAUAAAUUAAUUAUAAAUAAAGAUAAUAAUAAACGAUUUUUAUUUUCACUUAAUAGACUUGCACUUCGUCAAUGUAGAGAGGAAUGGAUUAAAAAUCAAAUUACUGUUUAUCAUGCAUCUUGGUUAUCUGUUCGUAGAUAUAAUAUAUUGAAAGAAAUGCAAGAAAAAUUGGAUUGUUCAUUUCCUCAGAUAUUAACAUUUUCCUUAGAUAAAGAAUGGGAAAUGAAAACAUUUCAUGUUAAUUCAGAAAUUAUCAGAUCAAAAAAGCCAGUAUUUUUUGAAGUAUUUAUUAGAAAUCAAGCUGGUAUACCAAAUGUUGGACGGGUUUUACAAAUUCCAGAAGGAUUGUAUAUGAUUCCUACAAGAAUUAAAUUUGUAAUUGAUAAAAUCAGUGAGGAAACAAUAAAAGGAAUGAAAGUUCUUGUUAUUAAAGUGCAUGAUUGUGAAAUGACAAAAGAAUUAAGAAUGGUUAAUGCUGUUAAUGAACUUAAUGAUCUAUCCUCGUCCAAUACCAAAUUUUAUAAUUAAUUUCAUAAAAUUUUAUUAUUAUUUUUGUUUAAAUUUACUUAAUUUUAUAUAAUUUAAAAAUAAAAAUUUUAAAUUCAUAAAAUUUAUAUAUUCUUUUGGCUGCAAAAAAAAACUAAAGUUGAAAUAUAUUUUUUUUAUUGCGUCAAUACCAUUUUCUUUUUUUUUUUUUUAUUAACUAUCCUAUUAUUCUUAAGAAUGCGAUUAUAUUUGAUUAAUAUUUUAAUGAUAUAUGUUUGGAAAAUAACAUUCACGAUUUUUCUUUUAAAAAUUCUUUUUCAAUAUAUAUAUAAAAUAUUUUUCUUUUUCUAUUUCGCAAUAAAAUAUUCAAAUUUAUUUUUUUGUUGAAAACUUACUACCGUAACUUACUACCGACUAUGUAAUUUUACGAUUAUUUUGUUUGAAAUUAGAAAAUUAAUUUACCUUCUGAUAUAAAAAUUAAA